GUUGACGGUGGCGUUUUCUCACCCGGAAACCCCGGCUGCCGGAGCCUAAGCGGAUCUUGAAUUGCUGCGGCUCGAGCCGGGCUGGCCUCUGGUCCUCGCGUCGGCCCCUGGAACGCGAAGCUGCCCCCGCCGCGGCGUGGAGGAUGGUGCCAAGCGGCCCCGGGCCCGCCGCGCGCCACCGCGAGUGAGCCCAGCGCGGCCGCGGGCGGCCGCCGAGUAGCUGGCCCGGCCGGGCCCGGGGCGCGCCGCUGCCCGCCGGGGCGGGGUGAAACUGAUCAGAAUAAUGUUCAGCAUCAACCCCCUGGAGAACCUGAAGGUGUACAUCAGCAGUCGGCCUCCUUUGGUGGUUUUUAUGAUCAGUGUAAGCGCUAUGGCAAUAGCUUUCCUCACCCUGGGCUAUUUCUUCAAAAUCAAGGAGAUUAAGUCACCGGAAAUGACAGAGGAUUGGAAUACUUUUCUGCUGCGGUUUAAUGAUUUGGACUUGUGUGUAUCAGAGAAUGAAACAUUAAAGCAUCUCACAAACGACACCACAACUCUGGAAAGCACAAUGACCAGCGGGCAGGCCAGGGCAUCCACACAGUCUCCCCAGGCCCUGGAGGACUCGGGCCCAGUUAACAUCUCAGUUGCAAUCACUCUAACCCUGGACCCACUCAGACCCUUUGGAGGGUACUCUCGCAAUGUCACCCAUCUGUACUCGACCAUUUUAGGGCAUCAGAUUGGACUUUCAGGCAGGGAAGCCCACGAGGAGAUAAACAUCACCUUUACCCUGCCUACAGCUUGGAGCUCGGAUGAUUGUGCCCUUCACGGUCACUGUGAGCAGGUGGUGUUCACAGCCUGCAUGACCCUCACAGCCACCCUCGGUGUGUUUCCUGUCACUGUACAGCCACCACACUGUGUCCCUGACACAUACAGCAACGCCACGCUAUGGUACAAGAUCUUCACAACUGCCAGAGAUGCCAACACAAAAUAUGCUCAAGAUUACAAUCCUUUCUGGUGUUACAAGGGGGCCAUUGGAAAAGUCUAUCAUGCUUUAAAUCCCAAGCUUACAGUUAUCAUUCCUGAUGACGAUCGUUCAUUAAUAAAUUUGCAUCUAAUGCACACCAGUUACUUCCUCUUUGUGAUGGUCAUAACAAUGUUUUGCUAUGCUGUCAUCAAAGGCAGACCAAGCAAAUUGCGGCAGAGCAAUCCUGAAUUUUGUCCUGAGAAGGUGGCUUUGGCUGAAGCCUAAUCUUACAUCUCCCCUUGUUCUGAGAGAGAUUGAGAGAAGCAUGAUCAUUGCCUGCUGAACCCAGCCUGGGCCUGGACACUCUGUGAAUACAUUAUCUUGCAAUGUUGGGUUAUUCCAGCCAAAGACAUUUCAAGUGCCUGUAACUGAUUUGUACAUAUUUAUAAAAUCUGUUCAGAAAUUGGUCCAAUGAUGCACUUGCUUUGCACUGGGUGCAGCCAGAACCUUUUCUCCCUCACCUGUGGACUUGGUGGGGUGUUUCUGCCUAGCGCCAGGAGGAUUUGUGGGUCUCGCUGCACUGGAGCAGGUCCUGAUGUCCUUACCAAGGUCAUAGGGGCAUUCCAUUGCCAGUGGGGUUGAGGUUUCCUUUGGUUCUUGUUUCAGCCCAGUGUGUACAGAAUGUUUGAAAACUUCUACACCUUUGAUAUGAUAUUGCAUUUCCAAAGCCACCAAUCCAUUUUGUGGAUUUAAUGUGUCUGUGGCUUAAUAAUCAUCGUAACAACAAUUAAACCUUUUUUUCUCUUUUGCUUGCAAGGAAUACACCUAUCUUUCUAAGUGGUUUUUUUUUUUUUUUGUUUGGUUUGGUUUCUUUUUUGUUUGGUUUGGUAUUUUUGAAGAAGAAGAAGAGAAAACAAAAUAGUCACAUUUUAAUACUACUCUAGUUAGGACAGACUUGUGCUUUUAUCUUGAGUAAAAGUUAAAUAUUUAAAAGAUACCCACAUGGUAAAGAUCUAAGUUUCAUUUUCCACAUGGCUGGUAAGAAAGGUGGUCUUGAUCAGGUUGGCACAGAAUGUUCCACUGUCUUUUUCUCCUCUGUUGCCCUUUCCCUCCAUUACAAAAUUUAAAGCAGCUUCCUUGCUCAAAAGGGCUUAAAAAUUAAGUAAAAUGGUUCUAGAGAAGAGUAGAAAUUAGUUCUAUGUUCUGGAAUGCAGAUGACAGCAUGGAAAGAGAGAAUAAUUGGGUCUAAUAGUUCUGAAAGUAUUUCUUGCCCUUUUCUUUUUUUAAGUGGGGAUAGAUUUUUCUGUUUUUUUUUUUUUUUGGUUUGUUUUUUAGCAUUUAUUUUUAUACAAGUAGCAUGUCUUCAGAAGGAAAAUGACAACUCAUAGAUUCAAUAACAUUAUAAAAAUGAUGCCUGUGGGAUUUAAAGGAGAGCAAUUCUGAUUUGCCAAUCAUCAGAGAAAACCAAAAGAAUUUUUCUUUUAUGACAUUUUUGAUGAUCUAGUUCCCCUAUCCCUUCUUUCUAACCCAUUUUCAUUAAAAAAAAAAAACAAACAAACCACAAACCAUGCAUUACCUUUUCCAGUCCUUUUUUGUUACUUGUAUUCUUGUUCCCUUCCAUCCCUUUCUCUUUCCUUUUUUUAACUUUUUAGGAGUUGAAUUAUUUCAGGGUCUCCCCCACAUAUUUUAAAUGCUGGCUGCCUUAAUAACUCAUUAUCAUUAAUGACUGUUGUGUUCUCCCAGGCAGUUGUAAAGCAGAAAGGCAAUUAAAACCUUGGACGUGACUGUCAGCAUUUCUUUCCCCUAACUCUAGGUCUGUAGUUUGUUCUAAAUUAGAAUCAUUUCCCACAGAUUGAAAUAUAUUGGCCUCAAACAUUUUCUCCUAGGCAUUCUUGAAUGGAAAACAAUUGUGGGCUUUUACUGAGGAUUGUUACAACAAUCACCGAGAUAACUUGAUGUGAUGGUACUCCCUUUUUUCCCUUGAGUACAUUUCCAGUGCGGUAAUCAUAUCUUUCUCCCCAGUUUUUUUGUAUGAUAUGAAUUGUUUACCUGAUGCAUGGCUAACGUGUUAAUGUAGUUUUCUCUUUCGAGACUUUGAGACCCUUAUGAGACAAGAUUGAGAAAGAGCCAUUUGGCUUGGCUUCUAAAAACAUCAGUAUCACAAAGACCAUCAGAUUUUAGAUUAGGCUGUUACUCCAAUGAAGUAGAGUCACGGAAAUAGAUUUAUAACUGGCAGAGUAAUAUAAAAGGAGAAAGACAAGUGAAAAAAGUCAAUUUCACCAGUUUGUUCAAUCCAGCUUGAUGCUAAUAUUAAUUACCCUUUUUUCAAUUACAGGGAAUGACUGGAAUCUUUAGUCAGGGGAGAGGAGGAACUGUUAGGCAUGAGGAAAGUAAGUGCCAAAAUUGCCUGGACAGUAUGACUUGUCAUGCAACCAGGACGCUCAUUUUAAAAUCCAGAAUUCACCCUCACUGGUAAUUCUCAAAGGUCUUACAGAAACCCAGAGUCAAUCAGAUGUAUAAAGGAAUGUUGGGGAGAAGAGGCCGUGGGACCUGGGUGAAAAAAAUUGGUAACUGAAGAGACUUCCAUUGACUCUCAGGAAGUCCAGGGACCUGUUACGAGCUGGGCAUUCCCAGACAGGGCCUGGUCUUCAGCUGUACCUUGCUGGCGGAUCUCAGGAGGAUUGGAAGAGUGUUGCAGAUGGGGCCUGCUUGCUGUUUGGGCUGACCCCGCACUGGAGCACUGGCUCGUCCUCAGGCGUCUUGGACUAAAGGUCCAAUAAAAGGUCAGCAACUUACUAUUAAAAUGGUUGUUUCAGAUCAUAUUGAUCUCUUUCCUUUUUCUUUUUUGUCCUUUCACUGUAUGACUUGAAUCAGUUUUGAUUCUAUUUGUAAGUUUUUCUCGUUAUUAGGAACCUGCUAUUUCUGUUGCAUUUUCUUUGGCAGUAUGUAGAGAUUCAACAUCCUGAUUUUUCAACCCUCCUUAGGCACUGGGGGGGCUCCAAGGGCCAGCGGAUCCAUUUCACUUAUCUUAUUGCAUGAUGGUCAGCAGCUGAUCUGUUAUGACAUUCACUCCCAGAUUAAUUUUCCGUGUUUGAAAUAUGUGCAUAUGUGCUUUACAGAAUAAAACAUCUGAAUUUA